AUGGAGCUGGUUUUUCUGGAUCUGUUCAGCGUGGAGGUGAACUGCAGCCUCGUGGACGCGCUCGGGGACUCCGUGGACCUUAACGUGUCAGAAGCUUUAUACUGCGACGCGACUACAGAUGAGAUCGGCACCUGCUGGCCCAGGAGUGGUCCGGGUCGCGUGGUGGCUCGACCCUGUCCGGACUUCAUCAACGGGGUCAAGUACAACAGCACCAGAAGUGCCUACAGAGAGUGUCUGGAGAACGGGACCUGGGCUUUCAGGAUCAACUACUCCAGCUGUGAAGCCAUUUUGGAGGAGAAGAGGAUGUACCCUGUGCACUACAAGAUCGCCCUGAUCAUCAACUACCUGGGACACUGUGUAUCUGUGGGGGCCCUCGUCAUCGCCUUCAUCCUCUUCCUCUGCCUACGGAGCAUCAGGUGCUUACGGAAUAUAAUCCACUGGAAUUUGAUCACCACCUUCAUCCUGAGGAACAUCAUGUGGCUCCUGCUGCAGCUCAUCGACCACAACAUCCACGAGAGGAACGAGCCCUGGUGUCGCCUUAUCACCACCGUCUACAAUUACUUUGUGGUGACCAACUUCUUCUGGAUGUUUGUGGAGGGCUGUUACCUGCACACGGCCAUCGUCAUGACCUACUCCACCGACAAGCUCCGUAAAUGGGUCUUCCUCUUCAUCGGGUGGUGUGUUCCCUGUCCCAUCAUCGUGGCCUGGGCCGUGGGGAAGCUCUACCACGAGAACGAACAGUGCUGGUUUGGAAAGGAACCUGGGAAAUACAUCGACUACAUUUACCAGGGCCCGGUGAUCGGCGUGCUGCUGAUAAACUUUGUGUUUCUGUUCAACAUCGUUCGGAUCCUCAUGACGAAGCUCAGAGCCUCCACCACCUCAGAAACCAUUCAGUACAGGAAAGCAGUGAAGGCGACCCUGGUGUUGCUGCCUCUGUUGGGAAUCACCUACAUGCUGUUCUUCGUGAACCCGGGAGAGGACGACGUCUCUCAGAUCGUCUUCAUCUACUUUAAUUCCUUCCUGCAGUCCUUUCAGGGUUUCUUCGUCUCGGUGUUUUACUGCUUCCUGAACGGUGAGGUGCGCUCCGCAGUAAGGAAGCGGUGGCACCGUUGGCAGGAUAACCACGCCCUCCGUGUUCGGGUUGCCAGAGCGAUGUCCAUCCCAACAUCACCCACAAGGAUCAGCUUCCACAGCAUCAAACACACCACCGCCGUCUGAUACACACACACACACACACACACACACACACACACAUACAUACUUACAUGUACACACACACACUCACCUACACACAAACACACGUACCCACACACACACAUAAACACUCACACAGAUGAGAUUCCACAGCAUCAAACACACCACCGCUGUGUGAUACACACACACACACACACACACACACUCACCUACACACACACCAAACACACACUUAUACACUUACACUCACAUACACACACACACAUAUACACACAGAUACACACACACACACUUACAUGAACACACACACACCUACAUGAACACACACACACAGGCUGGACUGAGCCUGUUCUGAUGAUGAUGAUGAUGUGAUUGGUGAUGUAGAUGUUUCUCCUCGUCUUUAUAAUUUAAUGUAAAUAAUCAUAAUGAAACACGUCCAUGUAAAUAUUUUUAUAAACUUUA